AUGUUGAUCGAUGGUGAGAAGUGGGCUUGUGAGGCUUGCGUCCGGGGUCACCGUGUCAGCAGCUGUCACCAUAGUGACCGCCCCUUGACCCAUAUCAAUAAAAAGGGCCGCCCAGUCUCUCAAUGCGCUCACUGUCGUGGCCUACGCAAGUCUCGGACAACCCACACCAAGUGCGAGUGUGGUGACAAGAAAAAGAGCCACAAGCAUGAUUCAGAUCCCCACUUCUUUGAUAGACGGGAUCUCAAGCAGGAUUUCCAUGCAAAAUGUGGCUGCUGUCAUGGACAGCGCUGCACCUGUGCGCUGAAGAAGGAACCCCACCUGGAUCCUGUCCCGGAAACUGGCCUCCCCCCGCCUCCGCAUUCCGUCCUCUCGGAGCCGCCCAAAAAGCCCCAGUUGACGUCGACCAAGUCGGAGAGCACCCUCACCAUCUUCCGCGACGGCCAUCACAAGCCCGCCCACAAACACAAUGACAUGGCGCACAAGUGCGGGCUCCCCUACACGAUACCCCGGUCGCAUACCAUCCACGCGACCUCCGACGUGGCCCGCCGUUCCGUCGACCAGCUGCCGCUGUCGCAAGCCGCCCUGAUGGGGGACACCUUCUCCAGUCACCCCAUCUUCGACCACGCCCCCGAUGGCCUCCCGCGCCGCGUCAAAUCCGAGCACGGGUCCCCCGAGAGCGCGCCCAUCAUGCCGGCGGACGACCCCACCGUCGUUCCCCCGCUCGACCUCUCGUCCUUCUUCCCGCCCGCCGCCCCGUCUCUGGACCACACCCCGUCCGAUGGUCACCCGUCCGAGCCCCCACGCGUCUCCAUGGGGAAGUCCUCGGUGGACCCGAUCGUCACCAGCGUCCCCCCACUCGACGUGUCGCCGUACUCCACGUUCCCGAACUCGAAUCCGUCGCCAGUGAACUGCCUGCCGUUCCAAGACCCGUACAAGGACCCGUACUUCACGUCGCCCGAUACCGAGGUGCCGCAGCACUCGACCGCGUUCAGCGCCCCGCCGGUCGACUGGUCCAGCUUCCCGCUGUACUCGUCGGACGUUCCGGCGCCCAGCACCCAGGCGCCCUCGUACGCCAGCUUCGACUACAACUCGAUGGGUCCCAAUUUCGCGGCACCGUCGUCGUCCGGCGACAUCUCGGAGGUGGAGGAUUUCGCGCCUCUCCCCGGCCUCGGGACCGCCGGCAGCGAACUCCACAGCGCGAGCGAGUCGUCGGAUAUCGACCAGUACCGCAUCAGCUCGGCGUCGUCGUACAACGGUCUGCCCCAGGUGCAGUUGCUGUCGUCGAAUCAGCUGGAGUCGAUCAACAUCGACGACUUCCUCAAGUCGGCCAACGAGUCCACCGCGGCGCUGGAACACCAGCUCCAGGCCAACCUGGGCAUGGACGGGAAGGCCCUCUCGCAGGAGCCCUACGAGCUGGCCGAGGCGCCCGGGUUCAAACCGAUGGAGACCCCGGCGGGUCUGCCGAUCACCACGUCGCCCACGGACCCCGUCUGGGCCGCGGGGCUGUUCGAACCGGGGCCCCCGCCCCUGGACGAGAACAAUGCCAACGACGACCGCGGGUACUUUUCGUCCUGGGGCCAAUAG